GUUAGGAGGAGCUGUUUUGCAUCCCUUCACGUCAGCCCUGCCUCAUUCCCUUCUUCCAGGGAGGGAGAGAGCGCGAGCGAGAGAGCGAGCGAGAGAGGAGAGAGAGAGGGAGAGAGAGAGAAAGAGAGGAGCCGGAGGGAGGGCGGCUGGAGCAGGCGGCGGGCGCGCGUGGAGGCGGGCGGCGGGCGCACAGCAGCAGCCCGGGCGGUGGGCAGCCAGGAGCCCCCGGCCCGCCGAGGACCCCAGCGCAGAAGCCGCGCCCGGACCCAGGCGAUGCCCUCCUAGCCAGCCGCCACGGGAUGGAGGGCUUCAUGGACUCAGGGACACAGACGGACGCCGUGGUGGUGCUGUCCUUGGCGCAGGCCGCCGUGCUGGGCCUGGUCUCGGAAAAUGAGCUCUUCGGAGCCACCAUAAGCGCCGAGGCCUUCUACCCGGACCUGGGGCCCGGGCUGUCCCGGGCGGCCGCGGGGGAGCCUGAGCCGCCGGGCCCCGAGGGCUACCAGCUGGGCUGCCCAGGGCGGGCCCUGGAGGAGCCGGCGGAGGACGAGGUGCUGGAGGUGGAGGCGGCCUUCGAGAAGCACACGCGGAGGAAGACGCGGCCCCCCGUGCGGCUGGUGCCCAAGGUCAAGUAUGAGAAGGUGGAGGAGGAGGAGGAGCAGGAGGUGUACGAGGUGUCCCUGCCCGGCGAGGACAAGCAGGCGGGCGCAGCCGAAGCCCCCCGCGACGCGGCCGGCGGCAGCUGCGAGCCCCUGGUGCAGAGCAGCGCCGUCAAGAUGAUCGACCUCAGCGCCUUCAGCCGCAAGCCCCGGACACUCCGGCACCUUCCGCGAACCCCGCGGCCGGAGCUGGACGUGGCCCCCUACGAUCCCCACUUCCCCGAUGCGGCCCGGGACGGCUACCCCGAGCCCAGCAUGGCGCUGCCCGGGGCGGAGGCCAUGCACCCCGAGUGCGGGUUCGAGCCGCCCCCCCUGGCCCCGCGGAGCGACCCCGAGGCCCCCACCCUGGAGUCCCCGGAGCCGGUGAAGCCGGAGCAGGGCUUCGUGUGGCAGGAGGCCGGGGAGUUCGAGGCGGACGCCGCGGGCUCAACGGUGGAGCGCCACAAGAAGGCCCAGCUGGAUCGCCUGGACAUCAACGUGCAGAUCGACGACUCCUACCUGGUGGAGGCUGGCGACCGCCAGAAGCGCUGGCAGUGCCGCAUGUGCGAGAAGUCCUACACGUCCAAGUACAACCUGGUGACGCACAUCCUGGGCCACAACGGCAUCAAGCCCCACUCAUGCCCGCACUGCAGCAAGCUCUUCAAGCAGCCCAGUCACCUGCAGACCCACCUGCUGACGCACCAGGGCACGCGGCCCCACAAGUGCCAGGUGUGCCACAAGGCCUUCACGCAGACCAGCCACCUCAAGCGCCACAUGCUACUGCACUCGGAAGUCAAGCCCUACAGCUGCCACUUCUGCGGCCGCGGCUUCGCCUACCCCAGCGAGCUCAAGGCCCACGAGGUGAAGCACGAGAGCGGCCGCUGCCACGUCUGCGUCGAGUGCGGCCUGGACUUCUCCACCCUGACCCAGCUCAAGCGCCACCUGGCCUCCCACCAGGGCCCCACCCUCUACCAGUGCCUGGAGUGCGACAAGUCCUUCCACUACCGCAGCCAGCUGCAGAACCACAUGCUUAAGCACCAGAACGUGCGGCCCUUUGUGUGCACCGAGUGUGGCAUGGAGUUCAGCCAGAUCCACCACCUCAAGCAGCACUCACUCACCCACAAGGGCGUGAAGGAGUUCAAGUGCGAGGUAUGUGGCCGGGAGUUCACCCUGCAGGCCAACAUGAAGCGGCACAUGCUGAUCCACACCAGCGUCCGGCCCUACCAGUGCCACAUCUGCUUCAAGACCUUCGUGCAGAAGCAAACCCUCAAGACCCACAUGAUUGUACACUCGCCCGUCAAGCCAUUCAAAUGCAAGGUGUGUGGGAAGUCCUUCAACCGCAUGUACAACCUGCUGGGCCACAUGCAUCUGCACGCAGGCAGCAAGCCCUUCAAGUGCCCCUACUGCUCCAGCAAGUUUAACCUCAAGGGCAACCUGAGCCGGCACAUGAAGGUCAAGCACGGUGUCAUGGACAUCGGCCUGGACAGCCAAGACCCCAUGAUGGAGCUGACAGGCACCGACCCAUCUGAGCUUGACAGCCAGCAGGAGAUGGAGGACUUCGAGGAGAAUGCCUACGCCUACACCGGCGUGGACGGCAGCGCCGAGGCCAGUGUCCUCACUGAGCAGGCCAUGAAGGAGAUGGCCUACUACAAUGUGCUAUAGCGUGGGCCAGCUGCCCGAGCGGGCAGGGCGGGUGAGCCCCAUGGGCUGCAGGCCGCAUCUCCUGCCACUGAGAACCAAGCUACUGCCCCACUGUCCCGCACCCUCUCCUCCUGAGCCGUUUGCACCACUAGGGGCUUUUAGACCAAAUGGAGACUGUACUGCUGGCCUCAGCUGUGAAAGGGGCACAGGCCCCAAGCACUCUGGUGAAAGAACAGAGACUAAGUCUGGGGCUCCUUGACCUGCUGCUGUGGGAGGGCAGGAGAAAUGCCAAUGGGGAAUGCAUUGGGACAGGUCAUGAGGGCAAAGACUCUUGGGGUGACUCCUCUCAAGCUGGGGCAGCCAGUGUGGGCAGGGCCAUUCCUGGUGGUUCUUUAGGGGUCCUGGGCCCCUGACACUGGAGGAAGAGAUCCCUUGAGCCAUGCCUUGUUUCUCUUCUUGACCAAUUCCUGCCUCCAGGGCUGUUUGACCUCCUGUGCUGGUCAGCACUGCCCACCCCCCACCCGCCCCACCCCAUCGAUGGGCAGCCAGGCAGGGCCACUCUGCCUUCUACCUCCUGGUGCCUCCCUUGCUCUCCUCGAGUCAGGUGUGCAUGCAGCCCCAGCCCUGGCCUGCAGGGAAGCAGGAUGGAGCCCAGUUCCCCGAAGACACCCUCUCCAGGCAACCCCCAGAAGGCCCAUGUCCUACAACCCUGUUUGGAAGUAAUUUUUUUCAAGCAGGUACCCCUAAAGUGGAUUUCUGUCCUGAGCUGGGACACCACACCAAGCUCCCCCAACAUGAACAAACGCGGGAUGUACCUUGUAUCCAGACACACACUGACAAAGACAGAUGGAGGCCGCUUGAGUGAGGGGGCAGGGCCAGGGGAAGGUCACUGGGGACCAGGAGAGGAGCUGUCCUCAGGGGGAGGCCCAGGGACUACCUGUCUGGGAGAGGAGAGGCUACAGUAUUUUCUUAUUAACAAGUAUCCAUUUCAAGGAGGGGGACAUCCAAAAGUCAGCUGGCUUCCAGGGAAGAGCAACCUAUUUAAAAAGGAAAAUGACCAUAUAGAAAAAAUUUUUUUUUAGCAAAUGGGGAUAUUUGGGAGGUAAUUUAUUUUUUUUUCUUUUGCACUCUGUAUUCCCUAUUAUCUUGCAUUUUCUUUUUCCAAAUGUAAGCUUUCUUGUGUGUGCAUGCAUUUUGCCUCCCCAACCCAGAGCAGCCUGGCAAACAGGAUGCAGCUCGGUGGAGGCUGGCUCGGGCCUGGGAGUGCAGCUGCUGACAGGAAGCCUCAGGAGGCUGGGGAUGGGCUUUGUGGGGCAAAGAUAAGGAGCUGGGCAGGCUCUCCACCCCCUGCCCGGCCUCUGCACAGCCCACACAGUUGCCAGGUUCCACCCAGCCAGCAGCUCGCUCCCUCAUUUGCCUGCUCUCAUCCCCUCUGCCCCCACCCCAGCUCCUGCCCCGGGACCCGAAGACUGCAAGCCCAGGGCAGUGAGAUAGCACAUUCAGGAACUCUAGGGCACCCAGACCCCCACCCAGCAGCCUCCUGCGGCUUCAGUGGAGAGGGGCAGGCAGGGCCUUCCCCAAAGGCACAGAAGGAGGUGAAGCCACCAGGUUCAGCCCAGAAACCAGGAGAGGGGAAAUGGCCUGGGGAAUAAAGGAAAUGCAGCCAACCCCCAGGCUGUAUCCUAAGCAAAGGACCAAGCCAGGCCCCAGGGUGGCCAUGAUCAGGACCGGGGAGGACCAGGCAGCCCGGGAUCAGGCAGCCAGGUGCCCGUUCCCUCUCUCCUAGAGCUCAUGCUAAGCAGCAAACGAGUCAACGAAUGAAGGGGCCAGGGGCUUGUGGAAGCUUCUCCUGCAGUGUGGCCUCCCAGACCCCGAGGCCAUGUGGCCCCCAGGUGCCCGCCAUGAUGACCCUCAGGUGGCAGUGAUCCCUCGUCACUGUAGAAGACAUUUUCUCCUGCUGAGCAGAAGGCAUCAUCCCUGCAAACUACCUCUUCCCACAAUGUCUUUAUCCCCUGGUACCAAAAAGAACCCUGUACCUCCUCCUUCUCUUUCCUGCCAGCGCAGCGGUCUUGGACACCGAAGGGAGAAGGUCUGGCCUCCAGGGUGGGGGGCUCUCCUGUCUGCCCCCAGCCCGUCAGCGCUGGCCCUCUGCGAGGUUCUAUACUUGAACACCCCCCUGCCCUGUGCCUUGGACCUGGGCAAAGCAAAGAGAAGGAAAGAGCACAACUCACGAUUGGAGGUGGGGGGUGGGCUUGGCAAGGCUCCUGUCCUCCUGUCCCCUCCCCAGCCUUUUCAAAAGAGGCGCAGCCUCUCGGGUGACUUGGGAAACUCCUGGACGAAUUCAUUCUAACUUAUUUUGACGUGUAUACAGACCAACUGUUUAGAAAUUCCACUUGUGCAGAGCCCUACUGUGUUUUUAUGUUCCUGUUUAAAAGAGUUUACUUAGCAAUAAUUAUAAAUAAAUGAAUAUUCUUUA